CACAGUAUAGAAACCUUCGUUUGUUAUAAUCACGCACAAGUGCUUGGCGCUAUUUUAUGACGUAUCCACACGCGCCCUAGUUGUGCAUCCAAAACGGAAGGAACGUUUGUUCGUCGUUAGCGGCGUUGUAUCUGAAGAUGCUGUUCUACUCAUUUUUCAAGUCGUUGGUGGGAAAAGACGUUGUCGUUGAACUAAAAAACGACCUAAGCAUAUGUGGGACAUUACACUCGGUUGAUCAGUACCUGAAUAUUAAACUAACAGACAUAAGUGUGACAGAUCCAGAAAAGUAUCCCCAUAUGUUGUCCGUGAAGAACUGCUUCAUCCGUGGCUCAGUGGUGCGCUACGUGCAGCUUCCAGCGGAUGAGGUGGACACGCAGCUCCUGCAGGACGCUGCGCGCAAAGAAGCCAUGCAGCAGAAACAAUGACAUGCUGCCCUCUGCUGGCUGGCUGUCUGUUGCAGCUGAGCUCGCAUCUCCAGAGACUCUGUUUUGAAUUUGACAACACUAGGGGCAAAGAAUAACUUCUGAGGAAUGUUUUCUGUUUUAUCUUCGCAUCAUCUGGUUGCCCCCAACAGGCGUGAAGCCUGUUGAUAGCACACUGAGUAAGGUUCCUACUUGAUAUAAUUUGAUCUCUCUAAUAUCUUCCUAUUCAAAUAUCCCCCCAGAUAGGAAGCUGAAAACUAGCUCUACAAAAAGUGCAAUGAGGCAGUUGGGAGUAUUUAUCCCCCCUCCCUCAAAAAGGUUUAAAUAAAAAUAUUUUUUUUUUGUUUCCUUUAGCAGGUCUAAAUCCGAAGUUUGUAACUCUAUAACUAAAAUGAAUCCCAUAUAAACAGAAACCCCUAAUUAUGUUAAAUAAGUGUUGUCAUACUUUUUGGAGAGGCUUUGGAAUCAUGGGAAAUGUUUUUGUUUAAUUGUUUCCAUCAUUUUGUUUUAAGGUUUGAAAUAAACAUUUUUUUUCAUUACCAUUUACUUGGUUGAGUGUUACAGUUGCAUAAAAAAUAACUUUAAACAAGAAGAAACAAAUGUAUAUAGAACAAUUAACCCAUAGAACAGAACAAAUUGGUGUGGUUGAAAACAUGGCUUUGUAGGAGGUGUGUAUGUGUUGCUUAGUCCAUUUUUGUUAUUAAUCUAGUGCCCGGCUAUAGUGAUUAUGGCCUGUUCCAGGGAUUGCAUUGCAGAAGGGAGGGUGAAGAUAAUGAAGAUAAACAAAUUAGACAUUUGUUUUCAAAUAAUGUUACGGUGAACGUAUGCAGCCAGUUGUGAGGACACUAAAGUAGUUUUAUUAGCACUUAAAUGAAUCAAACAUGAAACUAUACCUAUGCUACUUUGUGUUUUGCUGAAGUAGUCCAAGACAACCUUUCAUUAGCCGGCAGAUUCUCAUUGUAAAAUAAAUAGAAUUAAAAAUAGAUCCUGCUGUAAUUCUUUUUAUAAUACGAUUGGUGCUCAAACAUUUUUCUUCAUUCUCCAAUCUUGUGGACUUUGCUGGGUGCACUUGAGAAUACUACUAUGUGACUUUUAAGUUGAAGACGUGUUUAAAACAGGCUGUUACAUCAUGCCUACGUAAAUCUAGUCCUAAUGAGAUUAUCAAUGACCAGCUGACAAAUCUAAACUCACAAGGUCAAAGGUCACCGUGACCAUUAACCACUAUUAGGAAACGCUGCUGUUCAGAACUUAGGUAUAACGGUUUACUGGUAAGCCCAACUGAAUCUAAAAAGCUUUUCGUUUUUCUCCAGCAGCCAACUAAAGACGAAAUCUGUGUUACUGGUGGCAGAAGUGAGGAUAUAAAGUGAUCGUGGUUUCACUUUGAAGUCUGUUAGCCAAUUUAAAUUGGCAAUCGUUUGAGUUUAGUGUAUGCGUCAUAUCUAAUAUAGGUCUGAAUCGCGAAUCGCUGAAUCGUUUAUUGGACCUGACAGCAUUAUGAAUAACUCCAUUUCCGAGGAAUUAAAAACGGACUGUAGAGAAGGACCGGCUGACAAUGUGCUUUCUGAUAACGAGGUAGAUGGGGAAGAUGACGAUGUCGGUACAGUCUGUGUGCGCAACUCGUCUUUUGAGGAUUUUUCAGAUAACGAGAUCUCAACUCAGAAAGAGUUUCAUUGGAGACUGGGGCCGGCCGACCUUAAUGAGACGCUGAUGUACGACUUUCCGGAAUUUCAGGCUGAGCUGGAAAAGGCAGCGAACGAGGAGGCGGCGCACAAACUGGCAUAAUAGCAAUUUAAAACGCUGCCCUUAACGCCUUUAUUGUAUUUUCACAAUUCGUAAUAAAGAAUCUGUAUCCGAAUCUGUAUUA